GGGUUUUGAGCACGCGUGGUGCCGCUGCCGCGACUAACGCUCCGAUAAAGUUUUCAGAAAAGUUUCGCGCGUUAACGAUGUCAUAUUGGAUGCCAAUUUUAUCGUUUAUAACGUGUUUUGUGAAUGAAUACGUGUUAAUCACUUAAUAUUCAGUAUAAACUGGUGAUUAAUUGGACUUGUAUGGAUUGUUCCGGCUAGGGCGAAUUGCAGUCGUGUGAGAUGAAGUGGUCUCGAAGGGGGCCAGGAUUGGAACUGUGGAAGCUGUGAAGCAUGGCGGUUUAUAGCAUGCGCGUUGUACUGCUCAUCCUGGUGCUGUUCUUCAAAGAGUACACCGUGACAGGCUUGGAACUGGUAGAGCUCCGGGUGCCGACACACGUGCCUCUGGGCACGAGGCCGUCGCUAUCAUGUCGCUGGCGACUGAGUCCCACCGAUAUCUUGUACUCCGUCAAAUGGUACAAAGAUGGAAAAGAAUUCUUUAGACACGUUCCGCGCGAUGUGGAACCUAGAAGAAAAUUUUUGCUGCCUGGAGUUGACGUAGAGCAAUCAACCCACAACGCAUCGAACGUGACGCUGUACCCGGCUGUGCUGGAGACAGGUGGACGCUACCGUUGCGAGGUAUCAGGUGAAAGACCGCUGUUUCCGACCGUCUCUGAUUUUGCUGAUAUGAUCGUAGUAGCUCUGCCAUCCACAGGACCAGUUAUUACCGGUUCUCGACUACGAUAUCAAAUUGGGGAUCGAGUUCAAGUGAAUUGUACGUCUGGCCGGUCGCGCCCCGCCACGAGACUCGCGUGGUACAUCAACGGUGAACCAGCUCCGCUUUCCACUGUUCUUGAGCCCGAACUUUAUAAACACGAAGAUGGCUUAGAGACUACAAGUCUUGUUCUCGAUUUUAAAGCUAAGCCGAAGCACUUUAAGAAGGGAGACUUGAAGUUGAAGUGCCUCGCGACCAUCGCUACAGUGUACUGGCGUAGCAACGAAGAAAGCGUGCAAGGAGAACGGUCGAAGGGGUAUUCCCGCUCCAAGGAGUCCCUCGAGGGCGCCUCGCGCGCCGACCGCGUGCAAGCCGCUGGCAAGUCCGGCUAUCGCGGCCACAACGUGCCCUCUCUACCGGUGAUACUCCUAUUAGCUCUCGUUCUCCAUUUUCCAAUGAGAUUUCACAAAAUAUAAAUAAUAUAUGUAAAUAGGCAUUACCCACAUCAAUCAAUCUUCGAAGAUAGGUAUUUGCCACGUUUGACUGAAUAAAUUAAUAGUAUAUUUAGUGUAAAAUAAAAUACGAGAAAUAAAAUAUUAUAUUAAAUAGAUAAAGCAUCAACUUUAUCGUAGAUAUAAGUUUAGAUGUCAUAAGAUCACUUUGGAAAGCAACUAAUAAACUUUGAGACGGAUAGGAGUGUGAAUUUGUUAUUAAAUAACAUUCAAAUAUAAGUCAAUUAAAUUGUUCUUUUUUUUAAGAAAUAAUAUAAUAAAACAACAUAUGAU